AUGAGAUUAUCGUUUGAAAUUGUUCUGGGAUCAUCCACACCAGAUACUCAACUGACAAAACUGCUGCCAAAUACUGGAAUCAAGAGAGGAGUAUCCAAAGAUGGAAAUAGUGAAUCAAAACGAUUACGGAAAGAACAUGCCAGUCAUGAAAAUAAAUUUGUUUUCGAAAAUGUUAAACAAUCAGAAAGUAGCAGUUUCCCCCAUGAAGCACCAACUCCAUCGUCCACUUCUAAUAAUAAUAAUAAUAAUAAUAAUGCAUGGUUUGAGGAUCUAGAAACAUUAUUCACAUCAACAGUAGAUUUCAGAAAUAUUCCUAAUCACAACAAUGCACAAUCCCUGGUGACAAAUUUGAUUAAUUUGGAGUCACACUACGAAGAAUUUGUUGACCCAUCUCCAGAAGAUCAAGACCAAUGGGAGACCAAAAAGAAAUCACUCUCAACAGAAUCCACACCAAUGACUACGAUAGCAACAACCAACACACAGUUACAAGAAGUUACCCAGGACCCUCUUCCAGCUCUUUCCCAUGAAGAAGAGAAUAUCCUACUCAAGCAUUUCUUUAAGAAGCUUUUACCAUUAUUGGAUGGACAUCCAAGUUCACCAUGGCCAGAUUUGGCUUUAAAAUAUUGUGAUUUCAAUGUGGCCAGAAGUUGUUUUAUAUCCUUAGCGUGUAUGCAUAUGUAUGAAUGUCGAGAAGGAGGGGCUGAAUUCUACGAGACAGGAAUCCGACAUAUCAAUAGCACUAUGGGUCACCUAAUUAGUUAUAUCAAUGAAACUAUAUCAAAGAUGAAACUUGAUUAUGAUUCCCAUAAAAUGACUAAAGAAGAAGUUUCCAAAACACAUUCUAGUUCAUUUGUUAUACUUGUGUUGAUUAAUGUAGGUAUCUUGUUUCUGGUGUUGGAAAAGGGUAAAAGUGGGUUGGCUCGCUAUUUCUUCCAAGUAUUUGGAACAAUUUGCCAAGAUAACGGGUUUUAUGAAGAAGUGUUGAUGUCAAAUGAUAAGAAACGAUCACUUUGUGUUGCAUUGAGUUGGUAUGACACGGUAGCUGCCAUUGUGAGUCCAGAUUGCCGAUUGCCUUGCUCGAUGCCCGAGUGGUAUGGUACUGCUAAUGAGUCUAUAUCAACGGCAAAGAUUAUGGGCUGUCCUGGGGAGGUUUUCAUUGCUAUGUCCGAAGUUUGUUUAAUCCGUCACGAAAAACACCAAGGGAAUCUUGACAGUUCCAGUUAUAUCCAACGGUAUACUGAUAUUAAAGAUAAACUAAUACACUACCGUGACUACGUUCCAUUUGCUAGUGAAUCCGGAGAAGAGUCGUAUGUGAACAGAAUGAAAUGUGCUUGCUGCUGGGCAUUGGCGGUGUUGGUGACAUUAAACCGAGUAAUGGACUUUCCAGACUACAAAGAGAUGAACUGCAAAAUUGUCAAUGAGUUUAUUAGCACAUAUGGAACUAUGAAUUCCAAGUCUCCAUUGGUGACACAGAUGGUAUGGCCGGUAUAUGCAAUUGCAUGUGAAUGUCGUACAGAGGAAGAGAAAACAGCCUUGUUGAUCUACAUGGAAACACUAUAUGAAACAGCACAGAUGGGAACAUUGUAUUCGAUGAAAGAGGUUGUGUUGAAUGUGUGGGAACGGGGUUUAACAUCAGAAGAGUAUUUAACUGAAUGGCUUGAUGAUGGAAUUGAUUAUUUGCCUGUGUAA